AUGGCAUUAUUCAAGCUGUUCGAGAAUAAGCUUGCCGGUUCUCUAACUAUAUUUACAAUAGAAUCCUUAGGCAUCGUUUCGAUACAAAGUGUGAAGGCUAUGUUACCGGAACCCCGAUGGGGACAUAGCGCUGUACUUUUAAAUAACAAAUUAUAUAUUCAUGGGGGAAAAGCGGGAUCGAAAAAUGAUCUUGAGUAUACAAAUCAACUCCUUAUUCUCGAUGUUUCAAAAUCUUUCGCAAUAUCAGAUCCAUCGUGGGCAACACAUUCUGUUGGCCCAAAAGUUGCGUACCAUACAAUUAGUAUAGGUGGAUCACAAAAUGAACUCUUAGUGUUAUAUGGUGGCGAAUAUCUAAAUACACCUAAUGAACCUGUACCCGAAAAUCCAUUAUUUUAUUACAAUACUUUGGAGGAAUCACCUGAAUGGUAUAAAGCCAACUUAAGUUUAGGGACACCACGGAAAGAACACACUGCUGUUACAAGAUUAAAUGAUUCCAUGAAUUAUUUUUUUGGUGGCAUACCUGAUGUGUCCGACAUCACGGUUUCAGCAUUAGUUCAAUUUCAAGAUUUAUUCAAGUUGGAUACCAAGAUAAAUUCCUGGAAUAUCCAAAGUGUAGAUCCAAAUACGCCAUCAGGAAGAUUUCAUCACACUGCAACAAUUCUUCCGGAUGGUAAUAUGUAUGUGAUUGGAGGGUAUUCCAAGGACAAAUUAGUAGACAUAAGUCAAAUUUACGUUUAUGAUACAAUAAAAGAAAUAUGGAAUGUUCAGACUGCAGUUGGCACUUUGCCUUCGGCACGUCGAGAUCAUGCCGCAGUAGGAACACAUGAUGGUAAGGUAAUCAUACAUGGUGGUGUGAAUCAAGAUUAUCUUGGAUUAUUUGAUGAUAUCGCGGUUUUGGAUACAACCACACAACCAAAUUACACUUGGAACGUGAUUAAAGCAAAGGGCACUAUACCACCAGGAAGAUAUUCUCACACUGCUACGAUGAUUGGAACUAAUAUGCUGGUUGCGUUUGGUUUUUUAGCGAAUGAUACUCCAGAUAAUAAUAUUUAUGUCCUUGAGAACGGAUUUGACGUCGUUUCAUUAGAUACGAUCACGUAUACGUGGAAAGAAAGUUAUUCCCCAGAAAAUUUGGAUUUUACCCAAACAAAGUACCCUCUUAACGAUGAUCCGAUACAAAAAGUAAAAGCUUCAAAAACCGGGAUAAUAGUUGGCUCAACGAUAGGAACGAUAUUAUUUCUUUUGUUGGUAGGCGGUUUAUUUUGGUUUCAUCGUAAAAAAAGGCAAGGUUCCUUUUAUGCAGCACCUUAUCCGAGCACAAAAGAACAAACCUCAAAUCAAGAAAAACCAAAUAAAUUUAAUAUCUUUUGGUGCGCAAAGAAACCAACAUUAAAUCAAAAAACAAAAACAUUUGGCGUUCCUUCAGGUUCCACUGCUGAAGAAUUACCUCGGCCAAGCAUGGGCAGCGGCCUUGCUAUGCCUAUAGAGAGUAGUUCUCAUGAUAAAGAUUAUUCUGCAGCAUUAGAAGAAAAUAUGAUGGGUAUUGACAUUCAACAAACAAACUUUAUGAUUGUUCCGAAAUCGCCCUUACGCGUUACUAAUCCAGAUAACUUGAGGGAUGAUUAG